AUGGCUCGCGCAGCUAACGAUCAGGUUGUCGAGUUCUCCCUGGAGGAAGUCCAGUCAACGAAAUUCCGUGCGUCCCGGACACUGAUGGGACGUAUGUUCUCGGAGAACCAGCUCACAAUCAUGGAGAUCAAGGAGGAGAUGCUUGUGGCCUGGCAGAUUAGGGGCCAAUUACGGGUUAGCCGUACCAAACAUGGGCUGCUGGAGAUCGUUUUACCAAGUGAAGAAGCCAAGAUUUGGAUCUUGAAACGAAAGCCCUGGGUGAUCAAAGAUAAACUGAUAAAUCUUCGGUCUUGGGCGCCAACGAUAAAUAAGCAAAUCUUUGAGGAUCUUGCUAUCGCCCCCUUCCGCAUCCAGCUUUGGAAUGUGUUAGAAGAUUGUUGUACUAAACAAUUUGGCCAAAAAAUUGUGGCUCCAACUAUUGGCCAAGUCUUAGAAACUGGGGUGUUUGCUUGCAAAGACACGGGGGAAAGCUUCGUUAAAGUUCGGGCUCUAGUUGACUUUUCGAAGCCUCUGAGGUCCCAACUCAUGGCAGUUAGCGAAGAUCUUGACGGCUUCUGGGUCCGAUUGAAAUAUGAAUUUCUUCCCACCUUUUGCUAUCACUGUGGUCAUGUGGGGCACUCACGUCGUGACUACUCGUUUGAUCCUCCAAUUGGCACAGAGAAAUUCGAUCCCCACAUGUCUAUGAAAAAGCUUGGGCGCAAAAUUUACGAUGAUGUGGAUGGGAGUACAAGCUUUAGAGGCAAUCGUGGGUCCGUCUGGAUCAACAGGCAUGUCCGGCAGCAAGGAGAUGGAGUUGGAGUUCCAAACAAAGGCCGCGGGCCUGUCAUCCAGUUGGGUGAGACGGAAAGGAAAAAUAAAGGCCUAGCUCGGCCGCCUGUGCAGGCCCAAAAUCAUGAGGGGGAAAACCCAACUCACACCUCGCCUAAACCUAUACCGAAGCCCAAGAACACACUCUCUAGUCCAAGAGGGUUCCCAGUCUGCAAGUCACCUGUCUCCCACGAUAAUGGUGGGCCUCGCCGAUUGCAGAGGCAAAGCCCAGCUGGAGGCCGCACUCGCCCACUUGAUUCCGGUAACAGAAACAGGCCGAUGAAGGCCCACCGUAGGGAAGGUGGAUCGUCACACUUCAUCGCCCAGGCUACCCCUGACGUAAUGUCGGAGAUGCAAGCUGUUCUGGAGCAAACAAGGCGACGGCGCCUAAUCCUGGAUGACGACUCGGAUGAUGAUGAGCCCAUUCCGGGGCAUGCUGAGUCCUCUGUGGCGAACAGAAAACUGGAGGGCACUCUGAACCGAGUCUAA